GAGUGUGAAUUUGGUUGUUUACAAUACUCAUGAGUUACCGUUUCCAUUUGGUGAUGCCCUUAUAUGUGCAACCAUUUUUCUCUUGGUAAAGCCAGUUGGUGACGCCAAUCAUCCCUCUACAAUUCUAACUUCCCAUACUUUAACACUUAUCUCAGAACAUUGGAAGUAUG